AUAAUGACAACUUCAGCAUCAUUCUCCAUUAAACGCAAGCGUAUACAUAAUACAAUUAUUAAUUGUAAAAGAUGUGGCUUCAAAAGACGUCAUAAAGAUACAAACGCCUCAUAUUGCAUAUAUUGUGAUUUGUUGCUUCAAAUGCCAUCAAGUGAUAACAUAUUAAUUGAUGAUUUCAUCAAAAAAACGUUCACUGUACCGGGUGUUAGUAAUAGGUACAAAAGAUUACAGUUUGCACCUUUUGACCAGUUUAUUAAUAUUAAAUAUCUUGCCGAAGGAGGAUUUAGUAAAAUAUAUAGAGGAAUAUGGAAAGAUGGUCCAUUUACUUCUUGGUAUUCAAAGAAGAAGAGAUUUCAUAGACAUAAAAAUUGUAGUAUUGUUCUUAAAAGCCUUAAGAAUUCAAAACACAUUAGCACAGACUUUUUUAAUGAGUUAGAAAUUUACAAUAAAUGCGUAAAUUCUACUAGAUACGAUGGUGAGCAUAUCAUUAAAUUUUUUGGUAUGACCCAAGAUCCGCAAACCGGAAAUUUCAUGAUUAUCACUGAAUUUGUAAAAAACGGUGAUUUACAUAAUUUUCUAAUGAAAAAUAUAAAUACAUUAUCUUGGUUAAAAAGAUUAGAAAUAUUGAAGAGUGAUUUUGGUAUAAGUAUGCCAGCAAAUGGUUUAUCGGAUAAUAGUGAAAUAUAUGGCAUUAUUCCCUACAUUGCCCCUGAGGUAUUUAAAAAUGGAAGAUUUACUACUGCCUCCGAUGUAUAUAGUUUGGGAAUGAUCAUUUGGGAAUUGACAAGUGGUUAUAGACCAUUUUCCGAUCGUGUUCAUGAUGAAGAUCUUAUUUUAGAUAUUCUUAAUGGCCUUCGUCCAAAGAUUAUUGAUAAUACUCCACAACUAUUUAUUGAUUUAAUGAUGACUUGUUGGAAUGCUGAUCAAUCAAAAAGACCAACCACUGAUAAAUUAUUAAGCCACAUUUGUAAUGCUUUAUAUGAAAACAAAUUCAAUUUUCUUGAAAUUCCACGUUUCGAGUUAUUUCAAAAAAUUAACUCUCAAUCAAUAUAUACAAGUCGCCCACUGAGUUUUUUGAUUAAAACUGCUUUAAUUUUGCAAAAAAAGCAAUCGAAUUCACUAGAUAAUGUUACUGGUAUGAAAAUAAUUUAA